AAUAUCCUCAUUAUCAUCCCAGACACACACACACACACACAGUCCAUCGUUCAGAGUCUCUGUCUUUCUCACAUAAAUACCCAGCCCACUCUUUAUAGAUACUCACCCUAAUGCGAACAAUAAAAAAGGAAAAUGUUAUUUAAUUGAAUUUAUUUAAGCCUGCCUUUUCACCUGAUGACACCCCGCGGAACACUUAUUUCACCUUAAUAAUCAAAUGAGUUUCCGCUCUCAAAUUACGGCCGCAAUCUGUUUAACCCGCCGUAUCUUAGCCGUAUUCCUGGCACCUGUGCAGGGGCCAUCUGCACCUGUCUAUAUGUCUUGGCUGUGGACUGGGGUUGUGUUGGCCCCAAGUGCCGCUAUGUAUGAGAGGUUAAGUGGGUGGAGGCUCAGGAUUCCCCUCCUGCUCGCCGUGUAGUGCCCACGGUGUCGACAGAAGCUGAAAUACACAGAGUGGUGCGAGGCAAGUGUUCUCAUUAUCCUCGUGCUCUACUUUUUACAGCGGUUGACUCUGUGGUGCCACGCACAGUGGGUCUAGGCGAUUUGUCUCCGGCGGUCGGUGGCCACUUUCCACCCGACAUGACGGCGAGAGCAUAAGGGGUUGAGUAAUCAAUGACACAAUCUGCAAUUUUAAUGGUGGCGACGCUGCUCCAGAGCGUGGGUUUUCCAAGUGUGAGCCAUUUGAUCGCAAUCCAUUGAUUGGAAAAUUUUGUGAGCAGGACUAUCUACAUUGUACCAUAUUGAAUUUAAACUGAAUGGGCAUUUGGUCUUUACCGGAUUUCGUCAUUUAAUAGCCACUUUGUUACUUUAAAUUUGGUUUCUAAUUAAUAAAUCUAUUAUUUAAUUACUUUGUUUAAAUCCAGCUGCCGUUGGGGGAAAUAAAUUACAUUUGAACGCGGAAAUUCGCUUCAAUCUGUGUUAGACAUGUUCAACAAUCGGAAAUUCCUUUGCCAACAUUAUUUCCAACCCAUAUGAGUGCCUAAUGAGCUCCUGGAAAAGUCAUCGCGGAAUAAAUUAAUUAAGUGCUUUGAAAACGAGAAACAUUCAGUUCAGUUGCAUUGCUGAUUUACGGCAACUGUCAGAAAGUAUAGCGUCGCUCUCAGCACUUCACUGUCUAUACAUCCGAAUGGAUUUCACGGACCAUUGCACACUGCUCCCACCCACAGGAGCCACCUGCUCCAUGCCCAGACCCUCCUCUGUGGCCCCAGGGUCGUGGAAACAUCAUUUACGAUAUAAUUCUUAUUGAAAUACACAUUUGAAUUAACAGUUCCCGCCGUGUCGAUGGAAUGGGAUGGGAUAGGAUGCGAUGGGAUGGGCUGAAGUGGGUUGGAUAGUAGCCCAGGCCAGUUGAACUGAGCUGAGGCUGGAAAAGGGAGUGCUGAGCAGUCAGCUUAAUAAAUUCAUGUUGGGGCACAGUCUGCACACAUCGAAGGGGAUGACCACGGACCCCCAGACCCAGCGACGGCCUCUUUUUGUGUUCCUGUAUUUUUAAUUAUACACACGUCGUAGCCAUUACAUUCCAUUCGGUAUUGUUGUCGCAGCUACAUAGGUGACCUGCACUCCAAAAAUAUUUCCCCUGCAUUUCGGUCUGAAAGUUUCUUAAGCCGCACAUACGGUAAAAUUGACGCAGGCGGAUCAAUUUUAGGAAUUUUUGAAUAAAUAAGUAUAUAUGGAGCACUCCCUCCAAGGACAAACAGUAGUGUAGAAGAUAUAAUUCGUCCUUUCCCCCCUCAACUUACAUGUUUUCCUAGUCCUUGUAGGCCAUAAAAUGUUUCGAGUGUGGUUCCACCUGCAGUCCUCAUCCGCAUUCGGCAUGCCAGUUGCCCGGGUGCGACAGCAGGAGCAGACAUUUGGCUCCUGGCUGUGGAUGUGGAUUUGGCAGAGACUGGGGCUCCGGAUCCUCAGAAACCAACUCCCAUCAACGGCAUCAACAUAUUACUCGUACCAUCCUCGAUGCCAGCCGGCAAACGAAUAUCCAGCCGAAAUGUUUGGUUUAAUUGGUUUUGUGUUCGGCAUUGAAUGGUUUAUGGGCCGCCUGUGUCAGUCGAUGUUAUUCUUGGCGUAUCCCACCAUUCUGGGGCUGCCUUUGUACCGCCAUGUUCCUUGCCGCAACUUUUCCAGCCACGUGUACUAGAAUGAUGUGUCGUUUUGUCAGAUUCGGUAAUGUAAAUUCAGACAUGUCCUUGUUUCACCUACAUUCGCAUAUAACUUAUGUUUUCUCCAUAACCCCCCACUGCUCCUGGUGUCGGAGGUCUGAUGCGGUGACAGCUGUGUGUCUGUUUGUAAUGGAUAAGUGUUUCCCUGUUCCGUAAUUAGCACAAGAUUAACGAAGUCUCAGACAGCAAACAAAGGGCUGAUUUGGCUGUCUUUUGCCUUAAUGCGUGGAAUGUCUGGGUGGAGUAUAGUCUAUAGGCUUAGCGGAAUCUUCACUCGUCUUUUUCCCAUCCAAGAAAUAAUGAAAGGGUAUAGAAGGAGGCAAAACAUUUCGAAAAUAUAAGUCAAAGUAGGGCCUGGAGCUAACCUGUCAAUGUCGUUUGCGUCCCAGUCCAAAUUCAGUUCACUUUACUCGGUUACCUCAGUCCGAAGCCACUAGACAUAUAUUUUUUAAUAUUUUGUAAGGCUUGUGCAGAGAUUCCUUCCAUUAUGGAGCGAUUCGCACUGACAACCUGCAUUCGCCGUGUCUGGAUCAUGUCCGGAUGGCUGCGCCAAGAGGCGGCAAUAGCAGCCGGCAUGUUGGUGGUGCAGCGACACCAGGUCGAGCUGAGGAAUAAGGAGGAGGAGGAGGGGCUUAAUGUCGGACAGCAGGCUGCACCCAGUGGCGGCGACAUGGGCGUGGACUCGCAAGGAAGACUCCGCCGUGUGCGGCUGCUAGACGACUACAUCGUGCCCUUUGAGUGCGGUCUUUGAUUCUCGAUCCGCAUCUCCUGUUCGCCGAUCUGGUUCUGGGCCACAGCGCAGUUCAUUUCGCAUUCGGAGUAGUUGACAUUUAAGUAGUUCGAUUCGUGAAACCGCUUCCCCAAAUUUUGGUCAGACGGAAUCUUCAUUGCGUGCUCUACGUGGACGGAGAACGAAAACAAAUAUUUUAAUCGAAGAUAUAGCCCCAAAAAGCAUGUUAUUGUAAAUUUUAUAUUUUCACGAGUAGUUCGCGUUAAUCUCGACGUUUUAGCGACUUUAAAAUUAAACAAUCAUAGCAUCUCAAUGUUUAUAGAGGCUUACUGAGUCUAUAAAGCUAGAUUGGAUUCCAUCAAAGGUUGGAACUAGCCUGGAAUUAAAUGGCAUCUGUUUGUAAGGUAUUGAAUGAGGUAAGGGAUGAGGGAAAUCAUAAAAAUCAUCUGCUGCAUCUGCGUCAGUAGAAUGUACAUACCCCAUGCCUAAACUAAAUUUUCUUGCGCUUAUUGUUCCCAAGUUCUAGACGUUCCCUAGGAACAGACGGGUGAAUGGACGGACAUGGCCAGAUCAAAUCGAAGUUGUUUACCACGAUGCAGUUACUGCUUAUAUAAUUAAGCUAGAUUACCAUGUUAUCGGUAUUAGCCCAUUGUCCCAGUUUUUUAUGUGUGUAUACAUUUU